AUGUCGAAUCCAAACGACGUGACGAUUGAUAUCCCCCUCACGGAAACGAUCAGCCGUGGUCAGAACGGUGCCCGGAAAUGGGGCUCACACGCCGGAUCAACCGUGCCUAUCAAUGGCUUCCAGGACGAUAAUGAGAAGGAAGCUACGAGUGGCCCUGGUCGUCGCCGUCGUCAGGAUACGGAUAUCAAUGAGGCAACGGGGAAACCUUCUGAGUCGCCGGAGGAUGGAACGAUUAAUCGCAUGGGCCGUAUCUACCAGGCUAUCUACAACUUUUCUAUUGUCACUCGUUACAUGAUUUAUGUCGUUCCUAUUGGCAUUAUGUUUGCGAUUCCGAUUAUCGUCGGCGCCACGGUGGCACCUAAUGCGAAGAUCGGUGGUGUUCAUAUCUAUUGGUUCUUUACUUGGAUUGAGGUCGUUUGGGUGAGCUUGUGGGUGUGCAAGAUCUUUGCCAAGUUUAUUCCCUACGUGUUCCAGUUCUUGUGUGGUAUUGUCAGUUCCGGAACGCGCAAGUAUGCGCUUAUUCUGCGGGCUCUGGAGACCCCUAUUACGAUUGUGCUGUGGUCGGUUAUCUCGCUGGUUACUUUCCUUCCGAUCAUGACCAUGAACCCCAACAAGCAAUCCAGCGAUGAUACCAGUGUCAAGUCCUGGGAGAAGAGCCUCAAGAAUAUUCUUUUCGCCCUGCUUGUUUGCAGUCUUAUUUUCCUAGGCGAAAAGGCCCUCGUUCAGCUAAUCUCCAUCAGCUACCACCGCAAGCAAUUCGACACCAAGAUCAAGCAAUCCAAGCACAAUGUCUACCUGGUUGGUCUUCUCUUCGAGGCCUCCCGCAACAUGUUCCCCAUGUACUGUCCCGAGUUCAAGGACGAGGAUGCCAUCAUCUUCGACUCGCUCCUGGCUCAGUCUACCGGUAAGACCAGCAAGCGCAGCUCCAUCAUGCCUCUGCGUAUGAUGCAACAGGUUGGUCGUCAGGUCGGUCACAAUGUCGGCCGCAUCGGUGACAAGGUGACUGCUGCCUUUGGUAACGUUGCCUCGGAGCUUACUGGAAAGCAAGUGUUCAACCCGCAAGCAACUCACUCGAUCGUUAUUGAAGCCCUCGAGCGCAAGCGAUGUGCCGCGGCGCUGGCUCGCCGUAUCUGGAUGUCGUUUGUCGUCGAGGGCCGUGAUGCGCUCUUCCUGGAAGACAUUGUUGAAGUUCUGGGACCUGACCACGAGGCGGAAGCCGAGGAGUGCUUUGCUGCAUUGGACAAGGAUGGUAACGGCGACGUCAGUCUGGAUGAGAUGAUCCUCACAAUCAGCGAGUUCGGCCGUAUGCGCAAGUCGCUGAACCACAGCAUGCACGAUGUCGACCAGGCCAUUCACGUUCUGGAUAACCUUCUGCUCUCCGUCGCCUUCGUGGUUGGUGUCUUGGUCUUCGUUUCGUUCGUUACUACUGGUUUCGGUACUGUCAUUGCUGCCGGUGCUACUUCCCUGCUCUCCCUGAGUUUCGUCUUCUCCACUACCGCCCAGGAAGUUUUGGGUUCCUGCAUUUUCCUAUUCGUCAAGCAUCCCUUCGAUAUCGGUGAUCGUGUCGACAUCGGUGACAAGUCCUACGUUGUCGAGCGUAUCUCCCUGCUGUUCAGUGUCUUCCGCACCGUUGGUGAUCACCGCAUGACCCAAGUGCCCAACAAUAUCCUGAACAGUUUGUGGAUUGAUAACUUCACCCGCGCCAAUGCCAUGCACGAGCAGCUUACCGUGCCCGUGAGCUUUGAUACCAGCUUCGCUGAGAUCCAGGCACUGCGCGAGGAGAUGGAGGUCUUUGUUCGCGACCCGGCCAACAGCCGUGACUUCCAGCCUGACUUUAAUAUCGAGGUUGUCGGCGUCGGCGACAUGGACAAGCUCGAGCUUCGUGUUGAUAUCCGCCACAAGUCUAACUGGUCUAACGAGACUGUCCGUGCUGCCCGUCGCUCCAAGUUCAUGUGUGCUCUCGUUCUGGCUAUCCGCAAGGUUCCCAUUCGGGCUCCCGGUGCUGCUGCUCCCGAGGAGGAGUCCAAGGAUGAUGGUGACGACAAGCCCGAGGGUGCUACCGGUACUGGUGAUAACAAGUCUGCUCAGGCUGGUGCUGCCGCUGGUGCGGAUGGCAAGCGUGAUGGUUCUGGACAGGCUGGCGGUCUCACCCCUGCUGCUGCGGCCGCUGCUAGCGGCAUGAUGACCUACGACGCGCAAACUACUGGCUUCGAGCAGAACCGUUAUUCCGGCUCCGUCACUCACCGUGGUUCCAUGGCUGCCAGCCAGCGUGAAGCUGCCAUCGCAGAUCGUUUGAAUGCCCGCUCACCCGUUGUCCCGGCCGUCGACCCCGGCCGUGAUGGCAACGAUGGUCUCUACCGUACUGCCACCAACACCUCCAACCAGGGCAACCAACUGAGCGUGUAUGAUGGCAACACCGGCGUCUCGCGCGGUCUGUCAACCGGCCACCGCAAGGCCGGCUUGCGCGCCUCAUACCACGACGACGACGCACAAAUGCCACCACCCCUCUCCCCCGUGGCAGCCGGCAUGACCCCCUCCCACAGCGGCGUGCCCAUUCUCAACACCCCCGCGCCCCCGGGCUCCCGCGGUAGCACUCGUUAUGAGCCACCCACUACUCACGCACCUACUUCCCAACCCGGCGCCCACCCCAUCGGCUCCUUCGCUCAGUCCUACUACGGCCACGAGGGCACAUAUGACUCCGUCGCGCUAAACGGUAUCACGCCCGAUCGUGCCACCGCCUCUUCCAGCCAGUACGAUAUGCCGGACCGGUAUGACCCCGUCUCCCCGCCAUCCAUCUACUCGCCGCCGCAGCCGCAGGCGCCUGCGCCGACGCUCAAGAAUGGCCGGAAGCACUCGCCGUAUGGUGAGCACGAAGCAUGA